AUGUCAACGCAGUCCAGCACGAACAUCGAACCGCUUCAUCGACAGAGAAUUAAAGGGCGUGAGAUACUGGUCACGGAAGAUCCUCGUCUGCACCUGGUAUGGAUUCAUGAUCGGAUAUUCAUUAAGCCGAUCCCAAGAUACUUGCUGUCGCACCGUUCCUGGGAGGACUUUCUCCUUCCCAAGCCUCCUGUACGAGGCACCCGGCAGGAGAAUGCCCAAAGAGCCGCUGCCGGGUAUCUCCGUUCUUAUUGUUACCUGAUCCAACAUGAGUCCGACUUCGACAUCGCGAAGCAGGAUCACCUGCGGCUCGUUCCUCGGCAUGUUGAGUUGUCGCGGCUUAACUUCUAUGCGCCAUUCCUGUUCGGCAAGUUCAAUUUCCAGAAGCCGCAUGGCCAGUACAGCGACUACUUCGCACGAUUUUAUGGCCCUCUCCUGUUCGCCUUUGCCGUGGCCUCGACGGUCCUCAGUUCUCUGCAGGUUGAGAUGGCGUCCGUGUGCCGCUGGACUAGUACUCUGAUUUUAGUGGCGACUGUACUGAUUGCUCUUGGAGUCUGGCUGCUUUGGCUGUGGUUGUUUUGCGAUGAGUGUUUGUAUGCGCUGAAACGCCGGGCGAGGAAAAGGCGGGAGAUUCUGUCCCACUCGGACUGCUGAGCAACCUUCCGGUUGCUGGGACUCCGGACAGAGAAGGAAGGAAGUUACUGCAUCUGUACAUCCGUCAACAAUCACUCUGGCCAUUCUUGCUAGUCGGCUAUCUUGACAUCAGCUCAAUAUCACAGAUCGGUUCGUCACGUG